AUGAAAGGCCGCCUUGAGGACUUCAUGAGGACUUUGAGUGCUCGGUCCUCAGAUAUAGACAGUUUGUCUCUGCUAUCGCAAGAGCCCAUCAACAUAGGACUUGCAAUUUCUGGUGGAGGUUUCCGGUCAAUGCUUACUGGAUCGGGCUUCAUCUUAAAGAUGGAGGAAUAUGGACUAGUAGAUUGCCUGAAUUAUGUCGCAGGCACGUCUGGAGGCAGCUGGAUUCUGGCCAAAUUAGCUCUCAAUGACUUUGACAUGGAAUCUUUCAAUGAGUGGGAUAUCAGGGAAAGUCUACUGAGGGGCGUGCCUGACACAGACAUAUCCGAAAGCAGUGUUGUGACAAUGUUCGAUUCCGACGACUUGAACGAGAUCUUCACUGCUGAUGAAUGGUUUUAUCAAAAGCUGUCCCAUGUAUCCAAGCUCUGGAAAAGGAGUUUGAUGUCUACGAGAAAAUUGGAAACCCCGUUCGAGAAGUUCUACUCGCAGCUAGAGGAACAACUUGUAACACAGAAGCGCCAAGGUUUUGAGAAAAGAAGUCCAGAGUUCUUCACCAAAAUCAAGCAGGUCAUCUCGAAAGUAUUCGAUGCUAGCAAUGAGGCAAAUUCUAGCAUUGGCCGAAUUGUUGAGGCUUCCCGCAAUUUUUCGGAGAUUUUACAGUUCUACGUCAACCUGCACUUAACGGUUAAAGCGAAGAAACUAAGCGGUUUCCCGCUAUCUUUCACAGAUUAUUGGGGUCACGCCUUAGUCAAUGGAAUCACACCGAAGGCUAGCCAUAAUUCACUUUCAAAAAUUCUUGAGGGCAGCAAGCGGUUUCGGAAUUUCGAGACGCCAUUACCCAUUUUCGUAGCGAACUGCAAAAAUGGCAACCUGAAGCACGCGGUUUUCGAGUUCACACCGUUUGAGUUUGGUUCAUGGACAAGUCUCAGACUCUUCAUGCGCCUGAAGUAUCUGGGCUCAACUAUGGUUGCGGGUGAGGCGGAAAAGUGCUUAUCAGGUUUCGACGAAGUGAGCUUCAUCACUGCCACAUCAUCUUCCAUUUUUAACAAUGUGCUGAUGUGUGUAUGGCAGCUGAUAGCCCCAUCGAUGCACACACGGAAAGCAGUGGGCGCCAUUCUCAGUGCUUUCAGUCUCGAGUUUGAGAAAUCUGGUGGCAAUAACUCGCGAGCUCUGAAGAUUUCAGCGCGUCCAGAGUAUGCGAUCUACCAUCCAAACCCUUUUUACCAGUAUCCGGGCGCCUCGCAUCAACUCGCUAGUGAAAGCCGCCUGUAUCUAGUUGACGGCGGCGAAGAUGGCCAAAAUAUCCCCAUAGGGCCUCUGCUGAUUCCAGAACGAAAACUCGAUGUUAUUUUUGCCCUGGAUUCGAGCUCUGAUAUCAAUGGGUACCCCAAUGGAACUAUGCUGCACAACUUUUACCAAGAUAAUUGCGUCAGCUCUUUUGAAAACGAUUCUAGUGACCAUCAGUCACCGUAUCAGGUAUUGCCAUAUAUUCCUACGAGCGAAGAAUUUGUCAAGCACGGUCUGCUGUCCCGUCCGGUUGCAUUUGGCUGCCACCUCUCAAGUUUUCCCGGUUUUGAUUUGGACUUAAAUUCGAACUUGACGUCUUUAGAGCUCCCACCAAUUUUGGUCUACCAUGCAAACGCUGAACACUCGUUUUCAUCAAAUGUAUCAACAUUCAAGCUCAAGUUUACUCAUAGUGAAGUGCAACAAAUGUUGCAAAAUGGUAUGGACAUUUUCAGUUUCGAUUCCAGUCCUCGAUACAAAAGAUGUCUAGCAUGCAUUAUGGUUAAAAGGGCUCACGACCGAAAACAAAAUACGCCCGAACAAAACCCCUUGCCCUUUUUCUGCGAGGUCUGCUUCAGCGAGUAUUGCUACAACUGA